AUGGUGACUGUCACCCUAGCAAGUGAAGUCUUCUGUUCCAGAGAUGAAGAAGAGUAUCGGCAUCCAACCAAGAAGUCCUGUUUAUCCAUGAAUGUGAAAAGGACUGACCGAGUGGAUCUUCAGGUGGCCCUCUUUCUGUUUGUUCUCAUGGCCUAUUUUGUCACUCUGUUUGCCGAUUUCUGUUACUCAUCAUGCGUCACUCCCAGGAUGCUAAUGACCUUCUUGUCAGAAACCGAAGCCAUUUCUUUCAUUGGGUGUGUGUCCCAAGCUUAUUUCUUUGGUGCAUUUGGAACAACUGAGAUAUUCCUUCUAGUAGUGAUGACAUAUGAUCGAUAUGUGGCCAUCUGCCACCCUCUGCUUUAUACAGUCAUUGUAUCCCCCAGAGUCUGUGUUAUCCUGCCAUCAAUUACUUACUUUGGUGGCUUUGCAAAUUCUCUUAUUCAUACAUAUCUUACAUUUAGGUUGUCAUUCUGUCAAUCCAAUGUGAUCAAUCAUUUCCUCUGUGAAAUUUCACUACUGUUACAAUCCUCUUGUUCAGAUACGAGCAUCAAUUUCCUAGUGAUGUUUAUCUGUGUUACCUUUAAUAUCUUGAGCACACUCUGGACUAUCCUGAUCUCUUAUAUUUACAUUCUUGCUGCCGUCCUGAGGACCCACUCUAGAGAGGGGAAAUGGAAAGCUUUCUCCACUUGUACUUCCCACCUGACUGCUGUUUUUAUUUUCUAUGAGACCCUGAUCAUCAUGUAUCUCCAACCACAUUCAAACUUUUCUCUAAAUCAGAAUGGAUUGGUCUCAGUGUUUUAUAAUGUGUUUAUCCCCAUGCUGAAUUCUCUGAUCAGCAGCUUGAGAAACAAAGAAUUGAAGAGUGUCUUUAGGAAAGUAAUGUAG